UACCUUGUAGUGUCAUAGGAAAAGAAGAAAGUAGCAAGAGGGGUUUGGGAAAGUUCUUGGUUCUUACCAGCAAACAAGUAAAAUAGCAGUGGGCAACUUCUUCGUCCCAGCUGAACUAGGACCCAUGCCAUUGACUGGUGGGGUCCCUUUUUCUACAAUAUGUAUGGCAUUCCUUCCAACCCCAUGGCUUCUCAAUAGAAUCUCUUAGUCAGUCUCAAGUCAGUGCUUUCUUGAAGAUCACAACGGAACAACACAAGACACCCUCCUUCUAUAACUAAAUUCCUUGUUAUUAUUGGAUAUUGCUCGCGUUAAACUCCAACCAGUUCAUCUUGCUCAACAUUGGAUAAUCCUGAUAUUCUACUGGCGGGACAUUAGUAGGAUUUCCUUCGGUAUCUGCUUUCGAGUCAGGCUUAUAGCUUGUUAGCGGAUCACUUUUGUUGGACCUUCAAAACCUGCUCUUUUGUUGAAAUUAGUAUUUUUCUUUUAUGUCUAGUUAGUGCUCCACAACUAUGAAUUUGUAUUAACUUUUAUAUUAAGACAAUCAAAUUAUAUAUUAACUCUUAUAUUAACUUUGCCUAUGUGCCGGUCAUGGAUCGGGGAAUCGGGUUGUGAUGAUGAUGAAGGUGAGCCUAUUCAGGUUAUGGGUUCUCAUGUUGAAAAUAAUGCGGUGCUGAAUAAUAACCAAGAGGUAGAUGCAGCGCUACUGCAAUCUCUCAUUGACAAUCAUGGGGCAAGUUUUGGUUUUCCUUUCGCACUGCAGUCACAGAACCAUGUGCAGAAUAAUAACCAAGAGGUAGAUGCAGAGCAACUGCAAUUUCUCAUUGACAGUCAAGAGGCCGGUUUCGAUUCUCCUUCCGCACUGCAGUCACAGAACCUUGAUGACCUUGAUGAAGAGGAUGUGAUAGAUUUUGCAGAUUCUCUCCCUAUUGCUCCAGAUGAAUAUGGCGUUGAAAUUCCUCCACACCUCCUAAAUGAUUACAUCCCACCAACACCAAGGUCAUCAAGUCAUGCUUAUGUUUUGGAUAGCAGUGACAGAGAAACUUAUCUUGCCUAUGGAGAGUCUCCAAACUUGUAUGGUGGGCACGGUAGUUCAAGAGAAUACCGGCGGAAGCAAAUGGCUCAUAGUGAUAAUACCCUCUCGAUGGGGCCUUCUUCCAUGGAUUCCACUACUGCAACGAGGCAUGAACAGAUUAAUUUAAUUCAAUCAGGCUUUCUAAGGAUCCUGAAAGCUCAGCACGCACCAAUACCCCACAGCUUCAUGGAGCUCGAGGGAAUUUCUGCUAAAGGAGAUCAAUUGCCGGGUGGGAUUUCAAGCACAGCAUCCAAACAUAAGGCAAGAGAAGGUGCAAAGCAAAUUGCUAAUAUUGACCUGCCUAAGAAGGUUGGCAUAGAAUCUGAAAAAGACAGGGAAAUAGUUCAGGUUAUGAAUGCAAAGCCGGAUGUGAAGUCGAGAUCAAAUGGUUCGGCUGGCAAUGAAAGGCGGGGCCGUUUCAUUCACCUUGAAACAACUACAUCAAGCCAUAUAUCGAGUCCUCCAUCUGUUUAUCUUUCGAAUUUAGUCGUGGGUCUGUUUCUGUUCAUAAUCAUGCUCAGAGAAGUGCUGAUUGUUCACUGAGAGAAGCUUCUCUUAUAAGGCUAUCGUCAAGAGUUUCCAGUAUAACAAGAACGCUUUAUUUUUUGCGAGAAAAGGUCAGCAGGAGGAGGACUUGAAAUCCCUAAAUCUUAAACCCUCAACCAGCUGACAGAAUGGAUUUCUGUUUUUGCUAGCUUGUAUAUUAUAUAUUGCCCCUUUCUCAUGGCUGCUGGGGCUAGACUGUAUUUACUGUUUGCUGUAUAAGUUAUAUUAUGCUAUAAUUAUUACAAGAAAACUCUAAAGUGCAUGGGUUGAAUGUUUUUCAACGUAGCAAUCGACAGUGUCUUUUUUUUUUCUCAA